AUGACCUCAACCACCACCCACGAGCUUCAUGCUUUCAGCAGCCGAGCAUCUAUCGGUAACUCACCUAUUGAUCAAGUCGAAGUCUCAUCAACGCAAAAUGAGACAGCUCUCGAAAUCGAGAUGCGCUCACUUCCUCCUACAGAUCAUGGUCGAGAAGCAUAUCUCGUGUUAGCAGGAUGCACGAUAAUACAAGCACCCGUCUGGGGUUACUCCCUCUCAUUCGGUGUAUUCCAAGAAUUUUACACCACUCACCACAACGUCGUCGGCUCACCUGGCGCCAUUGCCACUGUCGGCUCAACGUUGAACGGCCUCAUGUACUUCAUGAUGCCUCUGACUUUCACCUUGCUCACCCGCUAUCCCCGCCUACGUCCAUACUGUGGACCCGCCGGUUUAUUCAUUACAGUCGCGAGUCUGAUAUUAUCUUCCUACGCUAAGGAAGUUUGGCAAUUAAUAGCAAGCCAAGGCGUCUUGUGCGCCAUCGGCUCCGGCCUGCUCUUCUCCCCCACAACACUCUACCUGGACGAAUGGUUCAUCUCCCGCAAAGGAAUGGCAUACGGCACCAUUUGGGCAGGGAAAGCCACUGCAGGCGUCGUAUUUCCAUUCCUCAUGUCCGCGCUCCUCAGCAAAUACGGCGCCAAGACCACGCUUCAAGCCUGGGCAACCGCGCUCGUCAUCAUCACCUCCCCACUACUCUUUUUCUUGAAACCCAGAAUCCCAGUGUCCGGGGCGGUGGCCAGGAAGGUAAUUAGUUGGAAGUUUUUAAAGAGCGAGAUGUUCUGGAUGUUGCAGGCGGGGAAUGUGGUGCAGAGUUUCGGGUACAUCUUGCCGAAUACUUAUUUGGCGAGUUAUGCGCAUACAAUGGGAUUACCUGCUAUCACUGGAGCUGUUAUUACGGCUGUAUUUUCGUUGUCUUCAGCGCCAGGGGGCUUGCUGCUGGGUAUGCUUAGCGACCGUUUGAAACCUACUACUGUGAUACUUAUCUCGUCACUCGGCUCCACGGUAGCGGUGUUUGCGCUUUGGGGAAUGGCGAGGCAUAUUGCCUUGCUCGUGAUGUUCGCGGUGGUGUAUGGGUUCUUUGCGGGCGGGUUUAGUAGUACGUACCCGGGGGUUCUGCGUGAGAUAAAGAGGGAGGAUGAGGGGGUUGAUACGGGGUUGUUGAUGGGCAUGUUGCUUGGGGGGAGGGGAGUCGGCUUUUUGGCUGGGGGACCGGCCAGUGGGGCGCUGUUAAAGAGCGCUUGGAGUGCAUUGGAGGGGAUGGGACACUUGGGUUAUAGUACGCAGUAUGGUCCGGUGAUCGUAUGCACAGGCGCGACUGCGCUAUUUGGAGGGUGGGGUUGGAUGUGGAAGACGCUGAGACGAUGGUAA